CAAGGAGGAGGGAGCAGGCUCGUAUUCAAUUAAGACAUCUAAUGCAAGAAUUUAAUAAUACGCUGACUUUGCGGGACAAUACGCCUGUCUUUCAUUACUCAAGUUAACGGCGUUUUACGUUAAUUAACAACGACAUGGCUCCGUUCAGCUUAUUAACAGCAAGUGUUAGCCUGUUGGCUAAGUCCUUCAGUGUCUUGUCCUGCACAAGCACACUGGCAAGGUGUACCAGUGUUGCCCCCACUGCAUACGUCAGCCAACUGAAAUGUCUGACGACUCAGGCCAGCGGCCCCCCAAAGAGACCUCUGAAUGGAUACAUGAGAUUCGUUCAGCAACAAAAGCCAGUCAUAACCAGGCAAAACCCAGAAAUCAGAUCAGUGGAUAUCAUCAGGAAGCUCGCCGAGCAGUGGAGAGAGAUGAGCCCAGAACAGAAACAGCCAUUUGAGGAGGCCUCUCUGCGGGCCAGGGAGCAGUUUAAGUUGGACGUGGAGCGCUACCAGGCCCAGCUGACCCCAGCACAGGUCCAGCAACAAGCCCUGGAGAGGAGGCAGAAGCUGGCCAAGAGGAAGGCCAUCCGCAAGAAGAGGGAGUUAACCAACCUGGGGAAGCCCAAACGUCCUCGCUCUGCAUUCAACAUCUUCAUGUCGGAGCACUUUGAGGAGGCCAGAGGAACCACCACAACGGGCAAGAUGAAGUCACUGUUGGAGGACUGGAGGAAUCUGUUCAGCCAUCAGAAACAGGUCUACACACAGCUGGCUGAGGACGACAAAAUCCGCUACAAGAACGAGAUGAAGUCGUGGGAGGACCAUAUGGUAGAUAUUGGACGAGAGGACCUAAUCCGAGAGCAGACCAUGUCUAACAGGAAAAAAGCUGCAGCGGCCAAGAAAGCAGCAAUGAAAGCCAAAGCCAAAAGUAAAGCGAAGAAGGUCACGGCCACAGGGAAGGCAAAACCCAGCAGCAAAACAACGAAAAGCAGCUCAGCAAAAACUGCCAAGACCACCAAGAAGACAUAAGGUGUUUGUUUGUGUAUCUACUGAGGCUAGAGGAAAAAAAAAAAGUGUUGAUGACAACUGAAGGUAGGAGUUGUGAUGACCAAGGACUGUGCUCUGCUCGUUUCUUAUCUCAAACUUUAAAGUCACAACUGUUACCAGUUGUCAUGAAUACUUUUUAGGUUGAACAGGACAAACCUUUCUUUCACAGCGUUCAGACAGAUUAAGAUCAUUUCACAGCACCCCUAGUCAUGAUGCCAAGACACCAAGUGAAUCCUGAAAUCUAGAUUUUUACCUGGUACAGUAUGAGCUUAGACUCGUCCACUGUAUAGCGACGCAAUCCAGACUUUGAGUUUUUUCAGUGAGAUGGAUUGGAGUUUUUGCCAGACCUAAAAAGUGAGCGACUUGAUGAAAUGUAAUGAUUUUAAAGCAUAGGUAUUUGAGUGAGGCAUCGAGGUGAAUACAGGAGGCACUGAGAAUGUUUUCUGACUGCAGUGUUUGAAGGUUUCCACAGCCCUGAAUGCAACCACAGUAUACUUGAGGGAACUAUAAAGGUUAUUGUUGCCGUCCCAAGAACAGCCACACUUUUCUAUUUUUGGAGUGUCAUACAGAGUGUUAAUGUAAAGAAUAAAUCUGAUGUGACUCCAUGUUUUUCUUGUCAACAAAUCCCUCAAAUGACUUCCCUAUGGAGAAAAUGGAGAAUCUUUAAAAGCGUUUAAAGAGUCACUGAGUUAUAGUUUCAUUUUUGUAAAAGGUUCAGUAAAUUUCCUAAAACAGUUUGUAACUGUUUUUUUUUUUUUUUUUUUUUUUUUCAAACAAGGAGGAAGAAAUGUGUAAUUAACAGUGGAGCUCUGUGACAUGACACAUGACGACGACUGUAGACUUCUCUGAGCAGAGAAGUCUGACAUGUUGCUGGUUAUGGGAUUUGUUGAUUAGAACGUUUGAGAGUAACAGCAGCUUUAUCCUUUCCAGUGUG